AUGGCGCUCGAACGGACCGGAGGAGCAGGCGAUCGCGGCAUAGAUCUCCGCGGCUGGUGGUCCCCUCCCCAAUCCUCUAAUCGAAUCCGAAUCCUCGCGCAAUGCAAAUGUCAAGACGAAGGAGGCAAGAAGAUGGGUCCUGUACUCAUUCGCGAGAUGGAAGGCGUGAUUUUUCGAGCCUCCUCCCCUUCUUCGGAUACGGAGGAAGCUAGUGCACCAACAGCAGGGAUCAUACUUUCGAGUUCAGGAUUUAGCAAACAAGCAUUGUUGCAGGUGAGGAGUAGUGGGGUUGCGUUGGCGGCUAUGCAUGUUUUGGCCUUACCGCAGGUGAAGGUGGAGAAUAGGGAGGAGGGGGAGUUGGUGGAGAGAUGUGUUUCGAUUGUUUGGAAUAUUAAGUUCGGUGGUGCGUAUGGGUUGUUAGAGGGUGGAAUGGAGGCAAGAUGGGUGAGAAGCAUAGAGGCAGGGGGCGGGAGUGCGAUGGGUAGACCUGUGAUCUAUCGUGGUGGCAGGCCAAUUUGA